AUGAGCGAAGAAAGCCUGUCCGAGGUGGCCGCUUCUCAAAAGGAGCAAUACGAAACCACAGAUUACACCUCCCAACAUCAUAAACUAGCCCCAAACUUUUUGGGUCUCAACACCAUCGACAGAGCGGAAGAUUCGCCCCUCAAGGAUCUUGUCAAGUCCCAUGGCGGUCACACUGUCAUCUCCAAAGUCCUCAUUGCCAACAAUGGUAUCGCAGCCGUCAAGGAGAUCCGUUCAGUGCGUAAAUGGGCUUACGAAACUUUUGGCAAUGAGCGUGAAGUUCAGUUUGUGGCAAUGGCCACUCCAGAAGAUCUCGAGGCCAACGCAGAAUAUUUGCGUAUGGCAGACCAGUACGUCGAAGUCCCCGGCGGCACUAACAACAAUAAUUACGCCAACGUUGACUUGAUCGUCGAAAUAGCAGAAAGAGCAAAUGUUGACGCCGUUUGGGCUGGAUGGGGUCAUGCCUCAGAAAACCCAUUGUUGCCAGAAAAAUUGGCCAGCUCCCCCCGUAAAAUCAUCUUUAUCGGUCCUCCCGGUAACGCUAUGAGAUCCCUUGGUGACAAAAUCUCAUCCACUAUUGUGGCUCAACACGCUAAAGUUCCAUGUAUCCCAUGGUCAGGUACCGGUGUUGAUGAUGUCUUCUUGGACAAAGAAAGCGGACUUGUGUCGGUUGAAGAUGAGGUUUACCAGAAAGGUUGCUGCGAUUCUCCAGAGGAUGGUUUGGCCAAGGCCAAAAAAAUCGGUUUCCCAGUCAUGGUCAAGGCUUCCGAAGGUGGUGGUGGUAAGGGUAUCAGAAAAGUCGAAAGAGAACAGGACUUUAUCUCUCUAUACAAACAGGCCGCCAAUGAAAUUCCUGGCUCUCCUAUCUUCAUCAUGAAAUUGGCCGGAAAGGCUCGUCACUUGGAAGUUCAGCUGUUGGCCGAUCAGUACGGAACAAAUAUCUCCCUGUUUGGUCGUGACUGUUCGGUUCAAAGACGUCAUCAGAAAAUUAUAGAAGAAGCCCCUGUCACUAUUGCCAAACCUGAUACCUUCACAGAAAUGGAAAAAUCUGCUGUAAGACUAGGUAAAUUGGUGGGUUACGUUUCUGCAGGUACCGUGGAAUACUUGUACUCUCAUGAUGAUGAUAAGUUUUACUUUUUGGAGCUAAAUCCUAGAUUGCAAGUCGAGCAUCCAACCACUGAAAUGGUGACAGGUGUCAACCUUCCCGCUGCUCAACUUCAAAUCGCUAUGGGUAUUCCAAUGCAUAGAAUUAGAGACAUUCGACUACUCUACGGAGUUGAUCCUCAUACUGCUAGCGAAAUUGAUUUCGAUUUCAGUUCGGAAGGCUCUCUCCAAACUCAAAGAAAACCUAUUCCUAAGGGUCACUGUACUGCGUGCCGUAUCACAUCCGAAGAUCCAAAUGAAGGUUUCAAACCCUCUGGUGGUUCAUUGCAUGAAUUGAAUUUCCGCUCCUCGUCCAAUGUAUGGGGUUAUUUCUCCGUUUCCAGUAGCGGUGGUAUACAUUCCUUUUCGGAUUCGCAGUUUGGUCACAUUUUCGCAUUCGGUGAAAACAGACAGGCAUCUAGGAAGCACAUGGUUGUAGCUUUGAAAGAACUUUCGAUCAGAGGUGACUUCAGAACUACGGUGGAGUAUCUGAUCAAACUUCUGGAGACAGAAGAUUUUGAAGGAAACUCCAUCACUACUGGUUGGUUAGACGAUCUGAUUUCCCAAAAAAUGACUGCUGAGAAACCUGACUCUACUCUAGCUGUCAUUUGUGGAGCCGCGACUAAAGUCUUCAUUGCAUCUGAAAACGGUCGCAAGGCUUUUGUCACCAGCCUCCAAAAAGGUCAAGUUCCUAACAAAUCCCUCUUACAGACUAUGUACCCUGUUGAAUUUAUUCAUGAGGGGAAAAGAUACAAGUUCACUGUAGCAAAAUCGGCCGACGAUCGUUACACUCUAUUCAUCAAUGGUUCCAAGUGUGAGGUGGGUGUUCGCAAGUUGUCCGAUGGAGGAUUGUUGAUAGCCUUGGGCGGUAAAUCGCACACGAUCUACUGGAAGGAAGAAGUCUCUGCCACCAGACUGUCUGUAGAUUCCAUGACCACCUUACUAGAGGUCGAAAACGAUCCAACUCAACUUCGCACUCCUUCUCCAGGUAAGCUUGUCAAAUUUUUGGUCGAAAAUGGUGAGCAUGUUGCAGCAGGUCAGCCUUACGCAGAAGUCGAGGUCAUGAAAAUGCAAAUGCCACUGAUUUCUCAAGAGAGUGGUGUGGUUCAACUUUUGAAGCAACCAGGAUCUACCGUCUCCGCUGGAGAUAUACUUGCCAUUCUUGCCCUUGACGACCCAACAAAGGUCAAGCAUGCCCUACCAUUUGAAGGUCUCCUACCUGACAUGGGAGCUCCAAUCGUGGAAGGUACUAAGCCCGCUCACAAAUUCAAAUCACUCGUUUCCACCUUGGAAAAUAUUUUGAACGGUUAUGAUAAUCAAGUUAUCAUGAACGCCUCUUUGCAGCAAUUGAUUGAAGUUUUGAGAAACCCACAACUACCUUACUCGGAAUGGAAGAUGCAAUCUUCUGCUUUGCAUUCCAGACUACCCAUCAAACUCGAUGAGCAAUUGGAGCAGCUGGUUCAUCGCUCUUUGGCGAGAAAAGCUCAAUUUCCCUCCACUCAGUUGGGCAAAAUGCUUGAAAACGCUUUGAGCGAAUCUGACGAUGCUCUAUUUGGUACGGUAAUCGAGCCACUGCUAGACAUCACCAGACGCUAUGCAAAUGGUCUAGAAGCCCACGAGCAUUCUGUCUUCGUCAAGUUUUUACAGAACUAUUACCAGGUCGAGAAGCUUUUCAGUGGUUCUAACAUACGUGAAGAAGAUGUCAUCUUGAAACUACGUGACGAAAAUUCCGAAAACUUGGACAGCGUUGUGGUAACAGUGUUGUCGCACUCGCGUGUGUUGGCGAAGAACAGCUUGAUUUUGGCCAUCCUAAAGCACUACCAGCCUUUGUGCAAAAUGUCUUCCGAGGUCUCAUCCUUGAUUGCCGAACCUUUGAAGCAAAUUGUUGAACUGGAAUCUAAAACAACUGCCAAGGUAGCGCUACAGGCUAGGGAAAUCCUGAUUCAAGCUGCUUUGCCUUCUGUCAGGGAAAGAACUGAUCAGAUCGAGCACAUUUUGAGAAGCUCCGUGGUCAAGACAGCUUACGGUGCUUUUGACAACAAGCGCACUGAUCCUGACUUGGAGGUGUUGAAGGAUUUAAUUGACUCCAAUUACGUCGUCUUUGAUGUUCUUACACAAUUCUUGACGCACCGCGAUGCUGCUGUGGCUGCUGCUGCUGCCGAGGUUUACAUCCGUCGUGCGUACAGAGCGUACACGAUUGGUGAUUUGAAGCACUUCAGCAAUGCGAACAAUGCCGUUGUUGAAUGGAAAUUCCAGCUGCCAUCUGCUGCUUUCGCGUCUGUUCCUCAAGUUAAAAGUAAGAUGGGUAUGCACAGAGCUAUCUCGGUGUCCGAUCUAACUUACAUCUCUGAGGGUGACAACCAGCCUCUAAGAACAGGUAUCCUGGUCGCCUCUAAGCAUUUGGACGACGUUGAUGAUGGACUUUCUAGAGGCUUGCAGAGAAUUCCACACCACCAAGGUGGUCACAGUGGACCCGUUCCAGACAGAUCAGGCAGCAGUGCCACUUUGAGCAAUAUUGCCAAUGUCACAGUUUCGUCGACUGAUGGAUUUGAGUCAGAAGAGGAAGUUUUGACAAGAUUAAGGGAGAUUCUUGACAUCAAUAAGCAGCAUCUCGUUGACGCCUCGAUCCGCCGUAUCACUUUCGUCUUUGGAUACAACGAUGGUACUUAUCCAAAGUACUACACUUUCAGAGGUCCUGGAUAUGUUGAGGAUGAAACCAUCCGUCAUAUCGAGCCUGCUCUGGCUUUCCAGCUGGAACUCGGAAGAAUGUCCAAUUUCAAUAUCAAGCAGAUUUUCACCGAAAACAGAAACAUUCAUGUUUAUGAAGCGACUGGUAAGAAUUCUGCCGUUGAUAAAAGAUUCUUCACCAGAGGCAUAAUCAGAACUGGUCGUAUCAGUGAUGAUAUUACUAUUCAAGAAUAUUUGACCUCUGAAGCUAACCGCCUGAUGAGUAAUAUUCUUGAUAACCUAGAAGUUAUUGACACUUCAAACUCUGACUUGAAUCACAUUUUCAUUCACUUUUCAGCUGUUUUCGACGUUUCUUUUGAAGACGUCGAGGCUGCUUUUGGAGGUUUCUUGGAGAGAUUCGGUAAGAGAUUAUUGAGAUUGCGCGUUGCGGCCGCAGAGAUUAGAAUUAUAAUCAAGGACCCUCAAACCGGAGCACCAAUUCCAUUGAGGGCAUUGAUUAACAAUGUCUCAGGCUACGUUGUCAAGACUGAAUUAUACACUGAAGUUAAAAACGCUCAAGGCGAAUGGGUGUUCAAGUCUUUGGACAAGCCAGGCUCUAUGCAUUUGAGGCCUAUUGCCACCCCAUACCCAGCCAAAGAGUCUUUGCAGCCAAAGCGCUACAAGGCUCAUUUGAUGGGCACCACCUACGUUUAUGACUUCCCAGAAUUGUUCCGUCAGGCCACCGUUUCGCAAUGGAAAAAGAUCUCUCCCAAAACCAAGCUUUCUGACGACUUUUUCAUUGCCAACGAAUUGAUUGAAGAGGAGGAUGGAGAACUAACAGAGAUUGAUCGUGAAGCUGGCGCCAACACCAUUGGUAUGGUCGCUUUCAAGGUCACAGUUAGGACUCCAGAAUACCCACGCGGCCGUCAAUUUGUGAUUGUCGCCAACGAUAUCACGUACAAAAUUGGUUCCUUCGGUCCUCAAGAGGACGCUUUCUUCAACAAAGUUACCGAGUACGCUAGAAAGCGUGGUAUCCCAAGAAUUUACCUAUCUGCCAACUCUGGUGCCAGAAUUGGAAUCGCAGAAGAAUUGGUUCCACUUUUCAAGGUUGCUUGGAACGACCCAGAGAAUCCAGCCAAGGGCUUCCAAUACUUGUACAUGACCCCUGAAGGUCUCACCGAGCUGAAGACUCAGCGCAAGGAGAACUCUGUCGUUACAGAACGUGUUGUGGAAGAAGGCGAAGAACGUCAUGUCAUUAAGGCCGUCAUUGGUGCUGAUGACGGACUAGGUGUCGAAUGUUUGAAGGGGUCAGGUCUUAUCGCGGGUGCCACUUCCAGAGCCUACAAAGAUAUCUUCACUAUUACUCUUGUUACAUGCAGAUCUGUUGGUAUUGGUGCGUACUUGGUUAGACUAGGUCAAAGAGCAAUUCAAAUUGAGGGUCAACCUAUUAUUUUGACGGGUGCUCCAGCCAUCAACAAGUUGCUGGGCAGUGAAGUCUACUCUUCCAACUUGCAACUAGGUGGUACGCAAAUCAUGUACAACAACGGUGUUUCUCAUUUGACAGCUCAGGAUGAUUUGGCUGGUGUUGAAAAGAUUAUGGACUGGCUAUCUUACGUGCCUGCCAAGCGUGACAUGCCUGUUCCUAUCUUGGAAAACAAUGACAAGUGGGAUAGAGAAAUUGACUUCACCCCAUCUACCGAGCAACCUUAUGACGUCAGAUGGCUCAUUGAAGGUCGCGACACCGAGGAAGGAUUCGAAUAUGGUCUCUUCGACAAGGGCUCUUUCCAAGAAACCCUUUCAGGAUGGGCCAAGGGUGUUGUUGUCGGUAGAGCUCGUUUAGGUGGUAUUCCACUUGGUGUCAUUAGUGUUGAAACCAGAAUGGUGGAGAAUAUGAUUCCUGCCGAUCCUGCUAACCCAGCGUCCACCGAAUCUCUAAUUCAAGAAGCUGGUCAAGUUUGGUAUCCAAACUCCGCGUUCAAGACUGCUCAAGCAAUCAACGAUUUCAACUACGGUGAGCAGCUUCCUCUGAUGAUCUUGGCUAACUGGAGAGGUUUCUCUGGUGGUCAGCGUGAUAUGUACAACGAGGUGUUGAAGUAUGGUUCUUUCAUUGUCGACGCUUUGGUGGACUACAAACAGCCUAUCUUCACUUACAUUCCACCAACUGGUGAGUUGCGUGGUGGUUCUUGGGUUGUAGUGGACCCAACCAUCAACGCCGAACAGAUGGAAAUGUAUGCCGAUGUCAACUCCAGAGCCGGUGUUCUUGAACCCGAAGGUAUGGUUGGUAUCAAAUACCGUAGGGAAAAGUUGCUAGCGACCAUGGCCAGACUAGACCCUACUUACAAGGACUUGAAGAGCCAAUUGGAAAACUCGAACAUAACUCCAGAGAAACACCAGGAGCUUUCUGUCAAACUAGCUGCCCGCGAAAAAGUGUUGAUGCCAAUCUACCACCAGAUCUCUGUCCAGUUCGCUGAUCUGCACGACAGAAGCGGUCGUAUGACUGCUAAGGGCGUUAUUAGCAAAGAGUUGGACUGGCCUCAGGCCCGUCGUUUCUUCUUCUGGAGACUAAGAAGAAGGCUCAACGAAGAGUACUUGGUGAAGAGAUUGAAUGCGGAGCUACCAAACGCACAAAGACUCGAAAAAAUUGCCAGACUCAACUCAUGGUACCCUGCCUCCGUUGACAGAGAUGAUGAUAGAGUUGUUGCCACUUGGAUUGAGGAGAACUACAGUCUCUUGGAGGAUCGCCUAAAGGGUUUGAGAAUGGAAUCCUUCGCUCAAAACUUGGCUAAAUCUAUCAGAAACGAUCACGAAAACACUAUUAACGGGUUGAGUGAGGUUCUAAAACUUCUAUCAGCCGAUGACAAAGAUAAGAUUUUGAACAGUCUGAAAUGA